AUGGAGAAGAAGAAUAGAAAAGAAGAAAGAAAAACUCAAAUGACAGAAAAUGUAGAAAAGAAAGAAUGGUCCCAGAAACGAAAGUACUCGGUUGUGCUCAUCUUGUCAUAUGUCGUUCGCCGCUGGGGAUUGGAAGCACGAGAUUUGAUUCUACGAGAAGUUUUCGAGCUGACCGAUAAUAUGUUCUCACUUAUUUCAGUAGAACAUAAUAAUUCGCAAUCGAAGGUUUGCAUGAUGAAACUUGUGGAUGAUCUCGUAAAGUUGGCAAUGAUCGACACAAGCAGAGGACAUCGUACCAUCUCUGAAAAAACAGAAGAAAAUAUUCGGAAUUUGGUGAAAGCCGGAAUAAAUGAAUGUUUGAAGUCCAUUCUCCGACAGUUCUCACAAUCUUCCUCUUUCGUGGUUCUGGAAGAAUAUAUUCGAUAUGUGGCAAAGUGGUUUUUGGCUGAAAAAAGGCUCGACUCAGGUGGUGGAAUGAUGGAUGAAUCUUUUGAAUCAACAAGAAGCGAUGAGACGAAGAAGGAACGAAAUGAGUUAUCACUGGAAGGUCUUAUCCAUCUUUCUUUCGGUGCCUCCACUCCCACUAAAUAUGCCGCUUGGAACGUAGCUAUUCAGAUUCUCAAUGAAAUUCUGAAAAGUCGAAGAUGGGAUGCUAGAACCGCAGAGAAAAUCCUCUCUAUUUUGUGGGGAAAACGAAAAUUGUAUCAGUCGGAAAAUGUUCGAAUCUCUUUUUGUUCCUUCCUAUCCACAUCAAUUUCUCAAAAUCUUAAAUUCGGUGAAAAAUCGGUCCCGUCAAUUGAUUCGAUUCUCAAAUAUUCUCUAUCCCUUAUGCCGAAUAUGAUAUCACUUCCGAAUGCUGCAUUGCUGACAGAAAAUAUUCUGAAGUACUGUAGUAACCUUGUGCCAAAAGGAUCAAUUCAAUUGAUAUGGGAUACUGUAUCAAGGACAAGUCCAUCUUCCUUUGAAGUGGUCCGAUUGUUGUCAGCGAUGAUUUCAUAUACAGAGUUUGACGAAAAUGGAAGAUUUGCAAAUGAUGAGAAUGUAGGACGUUGGAGUCUUCGAAAAGACAUCAUCGAAUGGCUUCUUGUCGAUCCAAAUGUUCAUUGUCACAAAUUGAUCUAUGAGUUAUGUCAUUAUCAUCCAAUUUUUUGUUACGAAAGUGAAGAACCGUGUUCAGACGACGAGCUGCUUCAAACGAUGAAGUUGUGUAAAUUGGUCACGCCUUCGGAGAUAUCUUCAGAAGUAACAGAACCACCAUCUAGAAUACAUGAUGCAUACAUUCAAGAAAUCGUGAACUAUGCAGAUGAUAAGCUGAAAAGCCUUCUCUCGGCCGAGGUUACACUUCCUGUAUUUUUGUUGAGUUACGAGUUCUCGCGGAAGUUUCCUGAUGUAUUCUUUGAUUUUGACAGAAUAUAUCAAAGACUUCCUCACAUAAUGAAUGAACUCAAUUGCAAUGAAUUUCUUCAAUCUGUCAAACAUAUCUCCGAAUGGCCUCAAAACUUGGAACUCCCCAUGCAAUUCGUCCCUUCCAUAGAUUGUAAAAUGACCUAUUUCCUCAAAAACCUUCAUAAUCAACUUCUUGAUUUGGGAAAAUUUGAAGAAAGAGCGAAAGAAAUAAUCGAAACUCUCGCCGAGCAUUCAAAAAAGUAUCCUAGAAUCUGUGAAAAAGUUCAAAAGUCGAUGCAAAUCAAUCGAUUUGUUAAGAAAUUCAUUCUGGAAAACAACGGAGACCCGUAUGAAAUGACGAGUAGAUACGAGAAGUUCUCGUUUUUGUUAUCACAUCGUCAUUUGUUGGGCACGAGAGAAAUAAUAAUGUCUCGAUCUACGAAACUUCUAGAAGAAGAAGCAAUUACAGGAGCUGAUCUAUUCAUAUUCGAAAAGUUAACUUCGUCUACUUGUCUCCGUAACAUCACCGGAUCUCGUAAACUUGGUGGCUAUGAAUUAGAUGCUCACACUGUCUCAAAAUGUGCUGAACAUAUGGCAUUUGAUGAACGAAGUCUCAAAAUUUACAUGAGAUCUCUGAAAAAGUCGCCGUUUCUGGCACAAAAUAUUGUGAGGACUGUGUUGGAAAAUGGAGAAAUGUGGCAUUUACACGGAAAAAUGUUGAAAAGUGUCAUGAAGAAUGAGCCAUUAUUAACGGUGUGCAUCGCUACGAUUCCUAAUAUGGUACGGUAUCUGAAGAUAUAUCAAGUUCAUUUCCGUACUAAACUCAAGGCUGUUCAGUUUUUAAAUCUCGACAAAGAUUCCAUGACUUCUUGUCAAAAGUAUCUACUAAAAUCCAAACAGAACAGUCAUUUCAUUACUCCAAACAACCUGACAGCUCUAUUUGGAUGCGAGAAGAAGAUGUGGAAGAGGCUCAUUUUUCAGUUUUGGAAGCUUUUCGAGCAGGAAACUGCACUCGUGUGUGAAAAGUUGCAUACAUUUGCAUCUGAAUGUGUUGACCUCGGUCUCAAGCAUUUGUUAGUAGAGCUUCUGAAAGCAUUAACAAGUAGCGAAUUCUGUCAAAAAGUGAUAAUGAACAAUCACCUCCGAACUGUCUUUGAACUAACUUAUCGUUCAAUUUUCUUAGUUUUGACGAAAGAUAAGUGCAGCCCCGAAAUCCUGGAACUGUGUGAAGACCAUAACCUUCGUUCCGAUCUCUUUGAGCAUCGAAUCAAAUGCGUUCCGCCUCACCACGUUGCAGAUUUCGAACGAUUCCAAAUGAAAAUAUCAUUAGCUAUUGAACAUUUCUUUACAUUUGGAACUGAAUCGGAUUCGGUAGAUAUGAUGAAUUUCGGAUUGAUCGAGUUCUACAAACAACUCAACGAUAACUUGACAGAAGAUGCGAUCAAAUCUAAUGAAAAAAGAAAUAUUUACCUAGUGGAUAAACUCUCCACAAUAUGGCUUGCACUUCCAUCAAUGCGUUCUCAUAUUCGUCCAAUCGUUGCAAGAUUCAAACAUGUUUCACCUGCAUGGACUCAUUUCCCCCAACCACCACACAUCCCAGCAACUGAAAAUACCUUCACAUGGAAGCUACGUUUUCAUAUAACACUGAAAAUGAUGAAAACGACACAAUGGAAAUCUGGAGAAUUCGCCACAUGUAUUAUGUUGUUUUUGACAAGUUUCGAUGGAUCAUAUCUGAAAACGAAUUUGAUCGAAGAACGACAGAUAGCAAGAUUGAAGAACGAGACGAAACGCAAUGUUUUGUGUAUUUUGAGUAAAAUUUUGAGACGUGAGACAGCAAAAGAAGCAGGAAAGGAGGAUGAAUUUGUUAUUGAAGAAUCAUUUUUUGAGGCCAUUACAAGAUCGGCUAGCUUAUUCCCAGAUGUUGCUGCUUUCACUGUUCCAUUCCUAUUCAAACUUUGUGUUGAUUUCAAACAAAACAUUGAUUUUGCGACAUCGAAGUUGCUUGCUUGUCUGAGAGGAGUGCAACAAGAGGACCAACAAGUUGUAUACUGUUUGGCGGAAUGUGUUGAUUCGAUUGGUUUGAAUGCUAUUGCCAGAUACGAACGAAUCGAUUUGGAGAGUAACGAAUUGGUUUGGAAGGGCCAAUUCAGACCUCAAUAUUACUUUUUAUUGGCUCGACUGUUUUUGAGACAUGGAUAUCGGACACAUGCGUUCGCCAUCGCAAAUAUACUAUUUGAUAGAUUAUCCUCUAAAAAGAGAAACGUCAUGAUGAUCAAUCGAAUCACUCUGAAUGGAAUUGAAAAUUCAGAUGAAUUGAUCGAACUUCUCGUAGACAUUUACGUUGCUGAAAAUAACUCAACAGCACUUUCCUCCCUUCCACCAGGAGUACAAAAUCGGCCAGAUGUCAGACAAGUUAUCUAUAAAAGUUCAAAAGAAUGGAAGAGAUUAAUCUCUUCAGAUCAACUGAAUUCCAGAGAAUCUACUAUCAUUCAGUGGAUGUGUGGCCUUCCAUCAAAUCCCUCCAAAAACGAUAAAUAUCUGGAUUCAAUUCUCCGAUGCCAUUUCAAUGAAUACCCCAAAAUUCUAGAAUCUCCUCUGAAAUUGGUUUAUUUCUCACUAUUCCAUCAAGCAAUUGGCACGGAAAUUCCAUCAGAAAUCUCUGAUUAUUUCUCAAAAAUGGUUCAGAGCCCGACGAUUGAUGAAAUGAGACUUAUGAUGAUUUCAAACAAUACAGCGAAUUUCGAACCAGAAUCCAUUGAAGAACACGUGAUUGAGGCGAUUCGGAAUUUGAGAGAAACUGUUAUGUGGAGAGAAAAAUCAUCAAUGGAGCACGUUCAUGAUGUGAAUUUGAAUACGAAGAAGAUGGUGAAGUUAGCAGAAUUACUCACAGAGAAUAAUGCAUACGAUGCAGCAAUUCUUCUUCUAAAUUCGUGGGAAGAGGAAUGUCUCAAGUGGAAAAUUCCUACAAUGAUUGAUGUCGAUAUAAUCAGAAUUUGCAAGGAAUAUGUGACUUGUCAAUCCGGAGAUGCAAGAAUGGCUGAAAUCAAUUUACGAUCUAUGCAACCAAGUAUCGCAUCCAUGACUGAUGUGGCAUUGGCUGAAUGGACAAUAGCUCUCAGUAAGAUCACAAUUGAGUACCGAAACAAUCUCGAAGAAGGAAUCCGAAUUCUGGAAUUCGGAUGCAGGAAUUUAGAGAAAAAGAACUCAUUGAACGCACGUCUGAAAGUGCUUCUGAAGUUCCACUCCGUUUGUAUUGGACAAUUGUCCAAACUCGAGGAAUAUUUGGAGACAAGAAGUUAUCGAAUGAAGAAAGAAGUUAUCUCUGAAUUCGAGAAGCAGUUGGCAGCUCCACGUGUGCAACGUGGCAAUUCUAGAGACGAAGGAUCGAAUCGAACGAUACAGCGUGUCAGAAAAGAACAACAAAUCGAGAAGGCCGAUGUGGAGAAAGUAGAGAAUUUAGUCUUGUCGGCAGCACGGAAAGCGGUUUCGUCAGCUUUUCAGGCUCUGUCAUGUAUAAGUCAACUUGACGAUGAUCAAGAAGCCAUUCGUACCUCUUCUCUUAUCAUCUUUCCAUUGAUUGACGUCAUCUACAAAUACGAACAAGAUCAAGGAGUCGUCAAUCUUCUACGUGACCAUUCGAAGACUCAACUUCCUUCAAAACUGUGGUUAUGUGCCACGUCUCACCUCGCUUCGAAAUGUUUCUCUCCUGAGAAAUCGCCGAUCACCAGAUACCUUUCUCAAAUUCUUUGUCACCUGAUCUACGACUAUCCGUAUCAUGUAUUGCAUACCAUUCUAAUGUAUGAAUACGAAAAGAAUGGAUCAGAAGUCAGACACUUUUUGAAGCAGAUAUACAGUGCCAAAACGAAUAGAGAAAUGAAAGAAGUCGCAAAGUUGAAGCAAAUUGUUGACCUGAUGCGGGAGGCUCAUUCUGCUUAUAGAGAAAUCGCCAGUCUUAAUGUCAAAGAAAAUGUUCGAAUUCAACGAAUGGAAGUGAACGGAAAAACAGUUCUCAUGUGGCCGAGCGAGUUAAAAAUUUUCAAAUGUAAACUUCAUUUGUUGCCGAUUCCCACGAUAACACAAAAGAUUGGAUGUCCCGGUGACCUCUCCACGACAAAUCUGAUCACUUGGAAGUCCUGGAAGGACGUUUUCACCAUUGCAGAUGGUCUCUCUGCUCCAAAAAUUUGGGAAAUUCAAGGAAGUGAUGGGAAAUGGUAUAAGACAGUAUGGAAGAAGGAUGAUGUUAGACAAGAUGUUUUGGUCGAACAAAUGUUUGAUGUGACGAAUAAUAUGCUUGAAAAGAGAAUGUUACGGACAUAUAAUGUAGUGCCGCUCGAUACGGAAUGUGGAAUUAUUGAAUUUUGUGGAGGCACUGUUAGUUUGAAAGAACUUUUGUGUGGAACGAAUCGAUUAGGAGGUCUUCAUCACGAAUUCAAUCCUAAAGAGCCUGGCGCAAUAAAAGUGUCACAACAGAUGAGAGAAGUGCAAAUGGGCUCAACAGAGGUUCGGCGAGAAAUUUUCGUCGACAUUUGUAAGCAAUAUUCACCAGUUUUUCGACACUUUUUCUACACUAACUUCCCGACUGCUCACAUAUGGAGAGAGAAAAUUAUUAAUUAUCGACAGAGUUUGGCAACGUGGAGUGUUGUAUGCUACAUCGUCGGCCUUGGUGAUCGCCACGCAUCAAACAUUCUAUUCGAUGAGAAAGAGUGCACAUUUGUGCAUAUUGAUCUAGGUAUGAUUCUCGAAUACAGUAAACGAUCACUACCAGUUCCUGAACAAGUUCCAUUUCGAAUCAGUCGAGAUGUUCUCGAUCCAAUACUGAUUGAAGGAAUAGAGAAUGGACAACUGGCUGAGGAUUGUACUCAAAUCAUGGAGAAGUUGAAAGAGAAUGGAAAAGUGAUCCUCGGUGUCGCCUCUGCUCUCCUUCGUGAAACCAUGACGAAUUUCCGGGAAGCAGACCAACAAAUAGGACGUCCAUCCUACAUUUCUGAAAUGGCCAUCGGACGUCUUCGAGAUAAACUGCGAGGAACGGACGAUGGUGUUACGGCUCAAUCUUCCAAUCUCCAGAUUCGACGUCUUCUGAGAGAAGCAACAAAUGCUGAUAAUUUGUCGAGAAUGUUCUGUGGAUGGAUGCCGUUUUUGUAA